CAGAAAAUCAAUACCAAAAAUUCUCUCCAUUCUCUAGUCUUCAGAAGCUCUGCGUCUCAACCAAGGAGGAGAAGAAGUCAUACAAUACAUCAAAAUCGUAGCCGCCAUCCACCCUUAUGUCAUCCCUAGAAGAUUGCUUGCUUUCAAGGAUCUUCAAGUUCUUCGUCUCAAGGCUUCGUCAUUCAUCUUUCACGGUGGUUAAAUUGUGCGCUUCCUUAUAGCGUGUCAAGUUAUAAAAGUUGUUGUGCUUGUUGAGAUGAAGAUUUUGGCAUAAGUAUUGUGACCUGGGUCGGGGAUUGGUCAGCGGCGCGUGGACCUCAUGUGCGGGGGCGCGUGCCGCCACUUCUGGCCUUCCAUGUUAUUCCACUGUGCUAAGUAAGAUGUUACAAUCGUGUGGACAUAACAUUCCUAAAAUAAUUGUUCAAUAUAUUAACACUUCAUCAUUUGUAGAUAUUUAUCUCUAUCCUGGAUCCAGAUACUACCCCAAACCACUGGUUCUUCAUUGUGAUUAAAUUAGCGAGAACGGAUGUAGAGAUAUGGGACACUUACCCGAACCCUACACGUACUAUGGCUCGAAAUGAUCUUGUUUAUUAUGUGCUUUUGGCAUUGGACACAAUAUUUGACAUUGAAAUCCAAAGCUGUUUCAAGAAAGGAUGGCCGUUUUGUUCAUUCACAGUUUUCAAUGUAGAUGACAUUCACAUUCAACAAAACAACUUCGAUUGUGGCAUUUUCAUGCUCAGAUACAUAAUAAAUUAUGAUAAUCUGUUCAAAGAUGAGUUAGAUUCUGUAAAUUGUCAUGUGCAACUUGCUCUUUGGAUGUUGAAGCACCUAAAGAACCAAGCAUGGAUGAAAGUUAAUGAGGCUUUAGAUAAUGAAAACAAAAAUGAUGGUGCCAAGAACAAGAUCAAGACAAUAGAAGAAAUUGAUGAAUCUACUGAAAAUAGUGUUGAUCAACAUCAUGGCAAGAGCUGUUCAAUAGUCAUGCAGAGAAAAACCUCAACACUACACGCAAGGGGUCGUGGUUGCCCUCGUGGUGCAAAGAAUAAAAACUCUCGAAAAUAAAUAUAAACAUGAACAUAUAUGAUUUACUUCAAAUUUAAAUACUCUGUUGGACAUAUAUGACUUCAGUGCCAAUAGUCUUUGAUUUACAUACUCUGUGCCAAUACUUAAUUCUGUUGCAAUAUAAAUACCCUGUACCAAACUAUAUUUCAAUGAAAAGCAGAGACUGUCAAAUGUACUCAGGGAAUGCAAUCUGAAUGUUUUAGAUCAGCAGACACUACGGCAUGUUCAGGUCUAGCA